AUGGAUAAACAACUGAUACACACUGGGGAGAAGCCAUAUAGUUGUUUAUUAUGUGGCAAAGAAUUUUCUAGUAAAAAAUGUCAAACAAUUCAUGCACAGAUACACACUGGAGAGAAACCAUACAGUUGUGUUGUAUGUGGGAAAGGAUUUUUCAGUAAAAGUAGUCUAAACAAUCAUGAGAAGAUACAUACUGGGAAAAAACCACACAGCUGUGUAGUAUGUUGUAAACAGUUUGUAUGUAAAAGUAGCUUGAAGACUCAUGAGAUGAUACACAGUGAGGAGAAGCCAUACAGUUGUGUUGUAUGUGGUAAACAAUUUGUAAAUAAAAGUAACUUAAAGACUCAUGAGAUGAUACACAGUGACAAGAAGCCUUACAGUUGUGUUGUAUGUGGGAAAGGAUUUUUUCGUAAAAGUGGUCUAAAUGAUCAUGAAAAGAUACACACUGGUGAGAAGCCAUAUGGUUGUGGAGUUUGUGGUAAACGAUUUGUAAGUAAAAGUAGCUUAAAUACUCAUGAGAUGAUACACAGUGACAAGAAACGUCACAGUUGUGUCAUAUGUGGUAAACAAUUUGUAACUAAAAGUCAAAUAAAGCGUCAUGAGCGGCUACACACUGGAGAGAAGCCUUACAGUUGUUUAUUAUGUGGCAAAGAAUUUUUAACUAAAAAUGGUCAAAUGAUUCAUGAGAAGAUACAUACUGGUGAGAAACCAUACAGUUGUGUAAUAUGCUGUAAAAAAUUUGUAACUAAAAGUAACUUAAAGACUCAUGAGCAGAUACACACUGGGGAGAAACCAUACAGAUGUGUUGUAUGUGGUAAACAACUACGAACAAAAAGUAAACUUGAACUGCAUGAGAAGUUGCACACUGGGGAAAAUCCAUAGAGUUAUUUAAUGUGUAACAAAGGAUUUUUAUGUUACAAUGGCCUAAAAAUUUAUGAAAAUAUACGCAUUGGUGAGAAGCUGUGCGGUUGUGUAGUAUGUGGUAAACGAAUUGUAAGCAAAAGUAGCUUAACUCUUUCAGCAUGGGCCUGGUCCCUGGGAUUGACCUCGUAACUAUUUUGUGUUGUAACUUUUAAAUUAGUAAGCGAAUGUUAACAAAA